AUGCUAUUUUCUGAAUUGUCUCCAUUUGCUUCAUCAUUUUCUUCUAUUAUAGUGUCAGAAAUAGGCGAUAAGGUAUAUAAAAUAAAUAAAUUAGACAUUCUUCAUUACAGCAAUUUUGGGAAUGACUUAUUCAAUGAGUUUAGUAUUUUUAGGUUCUUAUACAGCCAUGGUUUUAAUGACUUUAUUAUCAUGUUUCUUUGGAUUUUUGUUACCUUAAAUAUUAAAUCCUACAUACACACAUGCUUUAGCUUGUAUAAUGUUUUUUUACUUUGGAUAAAAAUUAUUGAGAGAAUUCUGGAGUACAGAAACUAAUGAAAAUGAUGAUGAAGAAUAAGAAGCAGUCUUAGAAGUCAAUAAGGUUAAGUCUAAACUAAGUAAAUAAUCAGAUUCAAAGAAUGUAUCAAACUUAGAAGUUUUGAGAGCUGCAAUAGCAUUAACAUUUUUAGCAGAAUGGGGAGAUAGAAGUUAAAUUACAACUAUAGCAUUGGCUACAGAAGAGACAUUUGUUGUUCUAGUUGGAGCACUACUUGGUCAUUUUAUUUGUACAAGUACAGCAGUACUUGGAGGAAAAAUGAUCUCAUCAAAAAUUUCUGAAAAAUACGUAUUAUAUUAAAAAAGAUUAUAUUUUUAGAUUCAUCUCUGUGGAGGUAUUCUAUUCGUCUUAUUCGGACUGCAUAACAUAAAAAUGCUUUUAUGA